AUGAGGACUUCACAUCGAGAGUAUGAUCCUCGAACAAACCGAGGACUGGUAAGCAGUCUGACGAAGAGUUGGAAGGAUGAGCAGAAGCAACUAAAGAGAGGCACCAGUACCAAAGAGCCGAACAGCAGCAAGGGGAAACACAAGAGCUACAGUGGUGAAUUCACAGCACCUCCCUCCUCAGAGGAAUUCAAGGCUUUGCCCGAAGACAAUGGCAGUGCCCUGCGGAACACUCCCAACCAUCACCCCAGUGAUCAUCAUGUCAGCACAAGCAAAAUUGUUUUGACGCGCAACAUGCGAAUGCAGGCCAUCAAUUCAGCAGUUAGGAAAGUGGCCUCUGAGGCAACUGACUCGCAGCCACAACUACAGCAACGAAAGAGCACCAAGAAAAGGGGAAUGGUUCGCAGCGUGAAGAACAGCGUUCGAAGCAUGUUCCACAAAUCCGGUGAAGAUGAGGGAGGGGAAGUAGCGGGAGACGGGACUGAUCGGAAUCUACAAGCUUCCAGUGAUUAUUUUGGGGACGAUUCGUCCCGGCGAGGGAGGUCUCGGUUCACACUAGAACAAGAAGCCGAACCAACCGAAGCAGUACAUGGAGACACUCCCAUCUCCAGUCGGCGUCGAACUUCGCGCAUACGAAGCAAGAGCGAAGGGGUUGUGGGACGAAAACGAAGGAGAAGUACUGAACAACGGCAACGACGGGGAGCCAGGGUUUCUACUUCACCCACGAGAGGAUCCAGUAUGCGGAUCUCUACCGGAAGCGACAAUCAUCAUCGCCUAUCUACCAUCACGAAGACGAAUAGGUCCGCACGAAUUGCCGUUGGCAAUGACAAAUUGAACAAGUCAGACCAAUUCGAUGUGCCAGACCACUUGACCUCUGUGCUGGCAAAUGCACAUGCCGCAAAGGAGAUUGUGUCAGUGGCAAAGCGUGAAACUAUGAUGGUUCAGCAGCACUCAGAAUCACGGUUAGCCCACACAGAUCGUAGUCGGUCUACUCAUAGCAGCAGCCAGCGAUCUCCGUCACACCAUGUGCGCAACCUUGACCUAUCAGCCAGUUCACUGAACGACUUCCCGGGAGUUGCUGGUUUACCGCUAUCAAGACAAGAUGAAUCGAUGCACAACAGGUCCACCAGUCUCAAGGAUGUCAUGAAUGCGAGCAAAUCCAACCUCGACAAAGUUGUGAGAUACUCUACCGGUAGCAUUCCAAAUGGUUUGAAUUACGAGGAACAGUUCAACAGUUCAGCCAAUUCCUUUCCGCAAUCAUCACCGACCAAAGCGCGCUCGUCUCGAGUCAUUGACAAGCGCAGUCGGCACAGCAAGAGUCGACACAGCAGUAGCACUAGAAAGAGAAACAGUUUUCGCGACCGCGAUGAUGAAAUGGAUGUUAGUUUCACAUUUUCUGGAGACUCCGAUGUGGAAAAUGGUUCUAACAACAAAGACAACAAGAUGUCAUCAUCGUUUCGAAACUCCGUUGAGAAGGACGGUAAAUCCAGCGGUGCUGCUGAUCGACUUUCCCAUAGCCAGAGCCGAUCAGGGAGUUCCAAAAUGCGCAAUUCCAGCUCUCGUCAGUAUCAAAGAGAUGAAGUCGAAAUGGAUCAGUCGUACAAAAGAUCAUCAAGGAGGCACGAACGCAGCAAAAUGAGUGCCAGCGACCGGACACACGUCCGAACGUCAAGAUUGGUUGAGGAAGUCACUCACAAGAGUAUGCCCUCUGCAUCAGCCAAGGAGCAUAAGACAAAGACUCGAAAUGGGAGUUAUGGGGCGCUCUUGACAGAACAACAACCGAGGCAUGUUAAGAGUGUUCAUGCUCGAUCAUCUAGCAAGGUAGAGCCCGUACCUGAAGGGGACGAUCGAGAUCACAGCAAAAGAUCAAAAUCCAUGUCUCGCAAAGGGUCUAAACGACAUGUCAAAUCACACGAGAAGGGAGUAACAAAGGACACAGAGGCCAAGAAACGGUCUUCAUCGCUGGGAAGGCGCAAGCACAAGUCAUCACGUCAACCAAAGUCAAGCAAUCAAGAAGAGAGGCAACGACGAAAGGCAAAGGAUGAUCAGUCAGAGAGUGAAAGUGUCCAGUGGUCUCGUGUUACCAAGGCAUUGCAAGUGAAAAAAGAAUUGGAGAAAAGGCUUAAUCCAAACCACAACAACAAUGCUGCUGCCUUGCCUGAGUUGGUUCCCAUGGCAAAGGGACUCCUGGAAAAGCAGUCCUCGGGAGAAGAUAGCAACCCUGAAGCUUCAACAAAGCUUGAAGACUGCUCGGAAUUGGCAAAUGAGAUGCAAAAGCAGUUGAACCCAACCAAGCAACUGAAUGCUGCUUUGCCAGUUGAUCACGGAAUGCACAUUGUGAAGGGACUCUUGGCUCGUGCGACCUCUGAGCCAGCAGCACCAUCAAAUACGUCGGGAGAACCACGCUCCUACCACCCUCGCUCCUCGGAGCCUGUGGGAAAAGAGGAGGAACUACUGGCAAAAUCCUACCACGGAGAAUCUCCUGGGCAGCGGUCCAGUUCUCUUCCUCCUAAACCAGCCGAUGUCAAGGGUCGAUCAUCUUCAACGAAAAAGAAAACGAGAAAGUCAUCAACUAGAGACAGGAGCAGCAAGACUUCCGAUCAGAAGGACCUCAAAGGCGCAAAGGAAGAAUCGAGAGGCAGGAGGAAGAAACAGGACUCCCAACGUUCUUCCAGCGUUACAAAGCGUUCUUGCAGUGUAUCUCAGCGCAGUAGGCAACACACCAGUCAAUACAAGCGAUCUUCCACGGAUGAGAGCAGACUAUCUUCCACUACAGACGAGAGUCGGCGCAGCCGACACAGCUCAAGUCAACACAAGAGAUCAUCCACGGAUGAGAGUAAGCCGUACUCGCGAUCAUCCACAGACGAGAGUCAGCGCAGUCGAAAGUCAGGCAGGAAUGCUUCCCUGACAAGUGUAGACGACUUGGGAUUCAUCUCAAACCAUGAGCCUGUCAACGAUUGCAAGAAGAAGAAUGUUAGGAGAUAUGGCUUUCAAGAAGAUGCCAUGGCGUCGUUUACAGAGUCGCAGUCAUGGUAUGAAUUUGGUUGA